UAUCCACUAUGAAUAUAAAUACUAUACAAUCGCACCCCUAUAUGAUUAGUGGAGAUCGUCAACACUACAAACAAUCCCUUCCAAAUCUUUCUCUUGUCGAACAAAUCUCCGGUUUCCGCCAUUAAAGCUUGAAAAAGAGAUAGCUGUUGUCCGCGUUGGGUGCUUACGGUUUCUUUUAACCAUCAAAGAUGGAUAUUGAUAAAAGCAAAUCUCUCAUUAACAAUAACCAGAGUUCAAAGGGUUCUAAAACAGUCAACGACGAAAAGAAGUCUACGAAAAGAGAUGAUUCAAAUCCUCUCUUUGUUAACCAUGCGGAGAUGGCUUGGCAUGAGAUGAGAAGAGCUUGGGUUGGUGACCGAUCUCAAAAAUCACACACCAAGUUUAGACAGCCAAUUCUGAGUUGGACCACAAGUUUUGAAGAUUUGCUCUCAACUGGUGAACCAUUCCCAGAGCCGAUUCCAUUAACUGAUGUCGUGGAUCUUUUAGUUGACAUUUGGGCCGAAGAAGGUUUUUACAAUUAGAUGCAAGACCGCGUACAUUUUGACUCCAGGAGCAUUGGCAAGAUGAUUGAUCAUAUCGUUCUUUGCUUCAACAAUAGAUUCAAACAAUAUCUUUUUGAUCAAAUAUAAUCUGAUUAUAUAUGUAGCUUAUGUGAAAGUAUCAAAUACAGUUGCUAUAACAUCUAUAUAAUAUACUUUUGAUGUGGUACAACAAUUUGUGGUAAAUGACUUGUUGGCUCUACCCAUUUUGUAUUAGUGAUGAUAAUCAGUGGUAAAUUACAGGUUA